AUAAACAGUUGCCCGUGUCGGGCUGUCAGUCGUUCGCACCGUGUCGCAGCUUCCAUAUCGCUCAGCACACUAUCCGGAGCCUCUCAGAAAGGCUUCUCCCGGGACAAGCAAGUGUGUGCUUGAGUGCGUACGUGUGUGUGUGUAAGAGUUUGUGUUGUUGCUUAUCUCCUAGGGUCUCUCCAGUUCCUCCCCCCCCCCCCCCCCCCCCCCAAAAGCAUCGCGAGAGCAUGGCAUCGGGAAGGUCAUCCAUCUAUCAGGAUCUGUCCGAGAUUUAUGAUAAUGUAAUCAAUAAGGAGCAUCCCCGCAAGCUGAUACCGGAGCUGUGCAAACAGUUCUACAACCUCGGAUGGGUGACCGGCACCGGUGGCGGUAUAAGUAUUAAGCUGGACGAUGAAAUCUACAUUGCCCCGUCCGGCGUGCAGAAGGAGCGGAUCCAGCCGGACGAUCUCUUCAUACAGAACAUCGAGGGGGACGAUCUGCAAACGCCACCGGACUACAAAAAACUAACGAAGAGCCAGUGCACGCCACUGUUUAUGCUCGCGUACAAGGAGCGCAGCGCCGGGGCGGUCAUCCACACGCACAGCCCGGCCGCCGUCAUGACCACGCUGCUCUGGCCGGGCAAGGAGUUCCGCUGCACGCAUCUCGAGAUGAUCAAGGGCAUCUACGACUACGAGCUGAACCGCAACCUCAUGUACGACGAGGAGCUGGUGGUGCCGAUCAUCGAGAACACGCUGUUCGAGAAGGACCUGGAGGAGUCGAUGGCGAACGCGCUGCGCGACUACCCGGGGACGUCCGCGAUCCUGGUGCGCCGUCACGGCGUGUACGUGUGGGGCCACAACUGGCAGAAGGCAAAGACGAUGGCGGAGUGCUACGACUAUCUGUUCUCGCUCGCCGUGGAAAUGCACAAGGUGGGCCUGGACGCGAACGCCGUCCCGAAACGGUACUAGAUGCGACGAACGCAUUCACACCCUGCCUCCUCCGCAAAACAAAACCUCCCGCAAGGAUAAUCACCGACUCCUCGCCUCGUGAGACACGUGGAUGCAUGAUAAUC